UUCAUGGUGGGUGGAGGUUGUGGGCGUGUGACCAGAAGUUGAUACUCGAACUCGGCGAAUCGUGCAGCAGCUUCACUUGAAUGGCGUUUGCAGGGACGUUUGCUGCAGGGAGAAAAAGAUCGACGUGGUUUGGGCAUUAUUAUUAUUAUAAUUAGUAGUAGUAGUAGUAUUUUUUUGUUAAAAAUAUAAGUGCAUGGCGCUUUUUUUUUUUUAAUUUUUUUUUUAAGAAAUACAAAAGUUGUAAGCAAAUACGUGUUGCGUUUAAAACAGAAAGAAAAGUAAAGAAAGUUUGGGGCCCAAACUUUGCUGCUGCUGAUGUUGUUUUGAAGUGAGGAGCCACUGUUGAAGAAGACGACGACGAAGAGGCGCAAACAACUGCGGGAGGAAACUGGAGGACCCCGAGAAAACCCGUCAAACACCACACCGGAAGGCCUGACUGAGCCCAGAUUUGAACCUAGAACAUCACAACUGAUUGCUGAGUCAGCCUCAUGACUUCAUCGACAUCACGGGACGGUGCGAGCGAGGGCGUGACCGCAGGCCCGGGAAGCGCUCUGCAGCUGCCACUUGGCUUCUUUUUUGGCACCAGCUCACCCGGCCCCCCCCCCCCCCCCCACCCAUGGGCGCUCUUUUCUCCCGUCAUAAAAGGAAGGAACAAGCACUCCUGGACAUUUUAAGGGGCACUGCAGUUGGGUUGAGCAAGGAGAAGGCUGACAGGUGAACGGGAGCCUGGAGGAGAGCCCCCCCCCCCCCCCCCCCCACCACCCUCUUAUGGAGUGGACGUGACUGGAAGGCCGGGCGUGGGCGGACAUGUGACUCAGCAGGCAGCAGCAGGAACUAAAAGAAGGCGACGGCGGGAGGUACGGCCGCAGCAUCCACUCGCAAACGGGCGGCCAAAGACGACAGAGGACUAUCAUGUGAUCACCUGAUUCCUAUGGAUGGAGCAAUCCACGCUGCUCGACCGCCACCCUGACUCACACGCACUGACAUGACACUUUGUGUGUGCGUGUACACGCGCAAAUCAUGUUGCUAAACUGAUGAUGGGUUCCAAUCCAAGAGGAAACGCGAGCUGCACCACUAUGUUUACAUCCACAGGAAGCAAGCAGGUAAGUAUAGUUGUCAGUAUCCUUUUUUUUAAGCCUUUCCAGGUGUCAUAUAGUGCCUAUUACAAACCUCACUAUCUACUCCGUAACUCUAUUCGUAAGUGUCCAAAUCAUCCAUGCAAAGAAAAACAUGCAUCUCCAGAUGUUGUCAACUUUUAGUAUAGCCAACAAACAAAAAAGGGACUGUUCUUAGUUUUUGAAAUAUUUGUAAAAAGCGUGUACAGUAUCUCGCAAGUUUUUGUUUUAUCCCAAAGACAACAAAAAUUACUUUCCUUUUUUUUGGGGGGGGGGGGGGGGGGGGGAAUAUUUAUAAGUGCCAAAUCGUCCCAGUCCAACGAAAAACAUGCAUCUCCAAAUUGUGUAUUUUUUAAUAUCUAUAAUAAAUGCAAAAAAAUAUAUAUAUAUUUACAAGCUACCAAAUCACUUUCCAAAGAAAAUUCUGUAACUCCAAAAUUUGUAAUUUAUUUUUUUAUAUGAAAAACCACUGAAAAGAUGUUUUUCCAUAUAUAUAUUUUUUAAUUUUCACUUAAUGAAAGGCUCCUAUCAUCACUACUGUCCAUGAAAAGCAUUUACCUCCACAUUUUGCCAGUUUCUUUUUUUUUUUUUUUUUAUCCCCAAAACAUCAACAGUGAAAUGUCCUUCGUUAAGAUACCAAAUAAUUUUUACUUUGAAUCCAACAUACAACAAAAAUAAAUGUUUGUUUUUCAACACAAAAUAAAAAAAAAUGACAUGUUUUUCCAUUACACAGCCAUGAUUUGUUAGUUUGGAACAAAAUCAAAAUACAACAAUGUGUUUCUACUCCACCAAACCUUUCAGUAAAUAUUAAAACGUAUCAUCAAUAGCAUGUGGAAAACCGAGCCACAUUCUUUGGCCUCUACACACCACAGACCGGAUCACUGGUAAACGUAACCACACGUCUCCCACUCAGAUUCCCUAACACACUUGGCACUGGUUGUGACCGUAGCAGGUGUUUUGGUUUGGCUUGACUUUUCUUUCUGCUCUUUAUCCCUUCAGUCAACAACGCCACGCUUUGGCCCACAUCCACAUCGUCAUUCAUUCCUCACUCUUGCAGCAGUAGAGGGGAAAUGCUCUCCAGAAAACACCACCAGGACUCGAGAAAGGUGCGCCAACAUCCAUGCAGACUUGGGAAGUUUUCUCACGAAUAUAAUUAAUGAACGAAGAAGCCACAAAAAUUGGACAUACAUGCUUUACAUUGGACGGUGAUGUCAUAGCAAAUACCACCACAACAACAACAACAACAACCGACUGCCUGCCACAUGUAUCGUGUUGCACUGAAGUUUGCUUUUGCUUGACUAUUCAACUUCUGCCGCGGUAGCUCGCUUAAAUACAUGUUUUAAGAUGGACCCGUCGCAGUCUGUCUGAAACAUAUUAUUUACUGGCGUAGGAAAUCAGACUUUAUUUGGGUUGGCAGGAGGACGUCCUGUCUUGGCCUCACGCGUUUUGAAUGAAGCCUGGCCCGGAUGGGUUGUAUAAUACCAACAAGACCCGAAGUGGCACGAAAACGAGCCAGAGAGAGAUAUAUCCCAAGCUGGAUAGGAAAAGUAAGCCAAAGCCCACACAGCACGCUAAUGCCAGGACAGGAAACAGGCCAGACGCGACAAUCAAGAGACUUUUCCAGCUUUUCCUGUACACCAUCCCUUUGACCUGACUGCAAAUAUGUCACACCCAGGAGAGGAUUCAAUUGUCUCGUGAUGACUAGGUCAGAGGGGAGGGACGUCUUCAUCGUUUUCAUCUUCUUCCUCGUGUUCCUCUCGUUCUUCGCGAGCAACCGCACUGCAAGGAUCAAAACAUGGGGGACAGUCCACGGGACCCUCAGGACCACACAGAAGACGUGACACCAAACCAAAAAGAUAAAGAAGAAGACAAAAGCGUGCCGGACGCUAACAUGGCGGUAGCUCAGCUGCAGGGCCUGGUGGCGGAGCUGCGCGAGGGGCUCCGCGACUCCCUGGCGGAGCUGUGCGAGCUGCGCCAGGAGGACCGGCGGCUGGAGGAGAGCCUGCGGGCCCACCGGACCCACGCGGAUCAGAAGAUCACGGGCCUCAAGAACUCGCUCAACACGUUCAAGGAGGAGCUGAGCGCCGCGUUCUUCCACAUCCAGGACGUCUCCAACAGACAGCGGGAGCUGACCGAGCAGCUGGAACAGCAGCAGCCGGAGACCCCCGUCGGUGUCGCACACAGCAGGAAAAGCUCCAAGUCGGACGUGCUGAGCGCAUCUGAGGACGAGCGCGUCCGUGCGCCCGGCCAAUCGGAGCUCAGCAUCAUCCGGUGCUACUUUGCAGAGUCGCAGAGGAGCGUUAAGUCCGCGCAGAGUGAGCAACUGAAUGCAUCCACCUCUGAGCAGCAGAAGCAACAGAGAUGCUGUUGGUCCAGAAAUCCGGCGUGGGGGGGCGACAGGAACGGUAGCGAGGACACGGACGCGUCCGGCAACCUCAAGGACAACGGUCUGAGACAGAAGGCGGCCUUGGAGCUGCUGGAGUCGGAGAGGAUCUACGUGUCGCAUUUGUCUCUGCUGCUGAAGGCCAACAUCACCUUCAACGGCUCCGAGGCGCUCGCCGCAAAGGACAAACGUCCGUUUCCCAGCUCCCUGAGGUUCCUGAUCCAGCAGCACCUGGACCUGCUGCACACCCUGCAGGAGCGCGUCCUCAGGUGCCAGUGGCAAGGCAUCAUGGGAGAUAUCUUCAUGAGGCUCACCAGCAAAGAGAGCGACUUCCUGGACUUGUACGUGUCCUACCUGAAGGAGCUGCCCGACUGCCUGAACGUGGUCAGCAUGCUGGCCGCCGACGCCGUCACGUCUUCCGCCUUCCUGGAGAGUGACAUCGUGGGCGACGAAUCCAAACCCUCCCUGCCCACGCUGCUCCUCCAACCCGUGCAGAGGAUCCCCGAAUACCUGCAGCUGCUGCAGGGUUUGCUGAGGCAGACGGAGUCGUCGCACCCGGACUACUACCUGCUGCUGCUGUGCAUCCAGCAGUUCCGCUGCUUCUCCAGCCAGCAGCAGCACCUCCUGCAGCGCAACCAGGAGCUCCUGAUGCACAACCGCCAGGAGGUCAAGAGGUCGUCCACGAAGCAGCUUCUGCGGCCCGUGGAAGGCGGCCUUCAAGGUUCUCCGUACAUUCAUGGCAGCACCGUUUUGGAGCACACCAACCAGGCCAAACACAGCAAGCAGCGUCUCUUAGAGCAGAUCCAGUCCAGCCAUCGCUUCCACGAGUGGGAUCGCGAGCACGAGCCCGAAGCCAGCUCUUACCAACCCGACUGGCCGCCCCAGCUGCAGUACUACAGCCCCGACGUGGACUCGCGCAAACACAAACCCACAGGUCUGGGCAGCAUCCCUGAGAGCGACGCAUCCGAGCGCUCCGGCCAGCAUCCCCCGCUCUCCAGAACCUCGGAAUUCCGGCAAGUCCAGCCGGGCUCGGCUCUGGCCCACGCCUUGGAGGAGUUCCUUCUCACUCCCGACCCCCCCGGGAUGGAGAGUCUUUACGAGGAGGACCGGGGCUCCCCGCACGACGCGUCCGCGUUCGACCGCUACUCCUCGGCCUCGUCCGACUCGUCCAUCGACAUCGCCUUCGUCAAGUGCCCCAAAGCUCCCGCGACCCCGUCGCGCCACGUGCCGACCAGCCGGGAUAUCUUUGGGAACGGGUACAACAAACUUCCCAACCGAGGGUGCGCCUCCCCGGACGAGGCUGUGCUGAUGCGCCAGGCUCACCAGCGCCCCCUUCAGCCCGGUCAGCGCAAAAAAAGCAAGUCGCUGAACGGCCUGCAGAUGGACAGCGCGGUGACAGACGGCGGCCACGCCAAGCUUGAGCGCCAGGGCAGCAGGGGCAGCAGAGGGUGCGUCGCCCCGUCCCGCAAGAUCCACAGCUCGCCGGGGAGCAGGAAGGACGCCGAGAGGCCCGGCGACGACCUUCACGGGCUGCUCGGCAUGGACUCCGCCAUGCAGCCGUGGGGGGGUGAGGAGAACCACCACCACCACCACCACACGCCCUUCAGCGAGAGGAGCCGCAAGCAGGACAAGGGAGGCUUCAGGAGCUCCUUUAAGAAACUCUUCAAAAAGAAGGGCGGCGAUGACAAGAAGGAGAAGGCGGCUGAGAAAGGGCAAGAAAAUCAACAGGCGGACGUCAGAGGCACUGCAGUGUGAACAUAGAAAAGCAAACAUAAAGCACAAAGGUUAUACAUAAUACGUACGCUUUGAAAAAUCGCCACACCUGAAAAAACGAAACUGGUGAUAGCACUGGGUGGCUGUCAUUCCAGUGAACCCCCAAUAUUCGUUGGGAAUAGGCACAAUUUACAUCCUUCCUAAAAAUAUUUAGAAUUGCAUGUGGAUGUGACAAGAUGUCAAGAAAGCACUACUUUUCAUGAAAUGAAUGUAUUUAUUUUUUUAACGCUAAUCCUCAACUCACUUCCUAUUUCAGUGAAUAGGUGAUCUUUGCAGCAAAUAUCGGAGGAUAGGUUAAAAUAAUCUAUGAAUACCAAACCAGGAACAAACGGGGGCUCACUGUACCUUGACUGGGUGUGGCAUCUGUAAAGCUGACAUGCAGUGAAUGAUGCUUCAAUAUGCUUGAAAAUGUGCACGCGUAUCCUGGAGGCCCACAAAUGUCACAACUCAAUAGCGCUCCCUGAAAAAUUUGAAAAAAUUAGCCCCUGAUAACAAUUUCACCGUUUGACAUGAAAUUGGGUGGAUAUGUUGAUCAGGACAGGACACACAAAAAAGUGUCAAGGACACAAAGCCCAGGACUAAAAAGGACGACCGACACUUUCGGGCAAAUCCCAACAAGGGGAACUCGUCCAAAUCGGAAGCGGUUAUACUAUAGCGAUGGGCACAGCUAAAUAGCUAAGAUUUGUGCCUGCACCAUCUUAUGUGGCUUGGCGUCAAACUUUCAUCACUAUCAUUUGGAGGAUUCAACAAUGCACAAGCUUGAGCUUCAAUUUAGACAUAUUGUUAUUAUAUUGUAGACAUGCAUAAGUUUGUAUGUUUUUUGUGCUAUCUGUUUAAAGAUAUGAAAAGUUUGGACCGACUAUUGAAGGAUGUAGAAAUUAAGGGCAAUUUGAAAUUAGAGUUUGCUUUUCAAGUUACAAAUCGGCAGAUGUUAAGUGAGAAUUUGUUACAAAUAAAUGUGACAUGUAUUUCAUGACUAGGCUAUACGCAGUGAGUUAUUGUUUCAGUAUAAACUAAGCAACAAAAUGACCAGGUGAAACACGGAAGCGUCAUAUCCUUCUUACUUUUAAUGAGUUAACCGCUCAUCCUCAUAAAUCUUGUUACACUUCUCAAAACAAAAUAUAGGCAAUUGUACAGUAUGCAAAACAAACCAAAUUUUAUUUUACACUAUAUACACAUAACGUGCGCAUUGCAUCGUGAAAAACAAACAAAAACGUGUGUGACAAAAAUAAAAGCGACAGAACAGGAGAGAGUCAGAUUUUUAGUGUGUUUGUGUCAGUGUUCACAUGAAAUCUGCCGGCUGGUUAAAAUAAAAAAAACAAUUUAAAAAAAAAAAAAAGGGCUUUUUUUUUUUGGGGUAACAGGAGAUGAAUUCAAAA